CUUUUCUCCUGAAAAUUGGGCGCGCUUUCGAAGCGCGCGAUGCCUUAAUUCAACUCGGUCGAUUUUGGACGUUGCAUCAUCCCUUCGGGCAAGUUCUCCACACUUCCACACGCUCCCAAGGCAGCAACCACAAUCAAUCUCUUCCACAACAUAGUAUCAGUGACCGGUCGAGAUCCAAAAAAAAAUUACUAUCCAUGUCAAAGCCCGACUUGAUCUCCUGGACACAGUCUCGUCUAGGUGCACUCUACGAAGUGCGCGAGGACGAGGCAUUUACGAGUGCCUUCAAUGCUGUAUUUUCGCCUUCUUGUGAGGUUCGCAUGAACCACACACUUUCGACUCUUGAUGCUUUCAAGGACAGCAUUUCAGCGUGUAGGGCUGCCAGCAUAGGAAUCACGCUCUCUUGGGAGAACAUGAUCACCGCUGCAGGUGAUAGUCCAGACGAAUCCUCGGUGGUCUCCGGAACAUUGAAGAUCACUCGUAGCAUGAGGUUUCGAAUUCGCGCUGCUCCCGCUCAACACCAGACUCAUAUCAAUUUCAGUGCAAGGGUGGAACUUCAACAAGUUCAGGCAAAUGAAGAUGACCGUCGCCGCAUUACCUCCAUAUAUCAUACAUCGGUGGACAAGAUGUCUCCGAUUCACUUCACGAUGCCUCAUCUAGUUAGCCAAGAAGAGCGGGAAUGA